AUGCAGAGACUAAAACAGGCCAACUUACAGUUGCAACCCGACAAAUGCCAGUUCCUUAGGCACGAGGUAGCCUAUUUGGGGCAUAUUAUCGGAAGCAACGGAGUGAGGCCAGAUCCUGAUAAAGUUAACGCGGUUAAACAUUUUCCGAUUCCUAAAAACUACAGAAAUAUAAAACAAUUUUUGGGCCUAGCCGGAUACUAUCGUAGGUUUAUAAGGGAUUUCUCCAAAAUCGCAAAACCCUUGACUGACCUAUUAAAGAAAGACAAACCGUUUAUUUGGACCACCUUACAAGAAAACUCCUUUAACACACUGCGAAACGAACUUUGCAAGGAACCCAUCUUACAGUACCCAAAUUUUGAUGAACCUUUUCUAUUGACUACCGAUGCUAGCGGUUACGCCAUAGGAGGUGUAUUGAGUCAAGGCGAGAUUGGGAAAGAACCUAUAACUUACACUUCCAGAACACUAAACGACGCUGAAGAAAGGUACUCGACAAUCGAGAAGGAGUGCUUGGCCGUCGUAUACUGCGUCACGUAUUUCCGCCAUUACCUAUACGGCAAACGCUUUACCAUCUUAACGGACCACAAACCGUUGGUUUGGCUCCAUUCAGUAAAGGACCCCAGCUCAAGGCUUUGGAAAUGGAGGUUAAAAUUAUCUGAAUACGAUUAUGAAAUCAAUUACAAAACGGGAAAAACCAACCUAGUAGCAGAUGCUCUUUCGAGAAACCCACCUGCUUCUGAUGCUUUUCUGCUUCCUUUAACAACUGUGAACGAAAGCUCUAAUGAAUCCCUUUUUUCAUACCAAACAGCUACCCAACAGUCCAGACCUCCUAUUAGUUUCUCAUCCAAUAAUAACACACUUAUAAAUCUUCAGCAACAAAUAAUAAUUAGAGAUUUGACGGAAGACGCCUUAUUAAUUCCACCCGCAAUAACUAGUAAUGAACAACGGUUCUUAUUCCCUGACACAAUAAAUUCAGACAGAGAAGUAAAUGAUCCAACAAUAGAGUCUGACGAAGACGAAUCAACAAACACGAACGAAGAGUCCGGAAGCGAAAUAGACGACGCCGAAUCGGCAUCUCCCCGACUCAAAUCAUCGGACGAUGAAAACCCCUUUAAAAUUAACGAAACACGCGACACUUUACUCACUAGGAAAGAUCAUCACGUUAUAUUCACCACUCUUAACGGAGCUCCUUUUGAUAAGGGAGCUAAAGAUUAUCAAAAAGAAAACAAACUUCCAAAUUAUGAGGAACUUACAUUUACUAGAGCACGUAUUACUAAUUUAAAUAACGGAAGAUUCCUAAUGAACAUUCCAAUAAAACAAGACGAUAGGAUCCCUAUUGAACAAAAUGAUAUCUUAAAUUGCAUCCGGUCAUUACGUGACGCCAUAACAGAAUUAAAUCUAAAAUCUGUUAGUAUUGCACAGAACGACUUGUACGACUCAAUUCCCUGGAUUUUUAUGUACAAGAACCUCAAAAGAUUCUUAUCAGAUUUGCCUUUAACCAUAACAGUUUGCAAAUCUUUAAUACGCUGUCCCGACCUGCAUGAAAGACAAAAUAUUAUUCAUGAAAAACAUGCGUCCAAAAUUGGAGGACACAAAGGAAUAACGAAAACUUAUAAUAGAAUUAGACAAAAUUAUUAUUGGUCAACCAUGAAAAAGGACAUACAAGAAUAUAUUAAAAACUGUAGAAACUGUCAAAUUAAAAAACUAACUAGGGUAAAAACUAGGCAACCAAUGCUAAUAACAGAUACUCCUGGAGCCGCAUUCGAUAAAAUAUCCAUGAAUGUAGUAGGACCAUUGCCAAUCACUAGUCGAAACAACUCCUAUAUACUUACCAUCCAAGACCUUUUAAACAAAUCGGGACAGCGUAUUAAAGAUUUGCAAACUGUUAUGGUUAAAGGCAAAUCUGAUAAGAAUCUUUUGAGCGCUGCAAACGCGCCUUGA